GUCCCUAUCCUGGACCCGGUGCCGAUCCCAGCCCCGAUCCCGGACCCGAUCGCAGUCGCAGCCAGAGUACCGGUGCGGAUCCCGGUCCCUCUGCCGGUCCUGAUCCCGAUCCAAUCCCGGUGCCGGUCCAGGCCAUGGCCACGUCCAAGGUGUCGGUGUCGGGGGGGUCCCUGCCCGCCGCUCGGGAGCACGCUCUGGCUGUCACCCGCGACUACAUCAUCAACCCCCGGCUGACCUACCAGACAGUGUGUGGUGUCAAUGGGCCACUCGUGGUGCUGGACAAUGUCAAGUUUGCCCAGUACGCCGAGAUCGUCAACUUCACGCUGCCCAACGGGACGACCCGCAGCGGGCAGGUCCUGGAGGUGAUGGGCUCCAAAGCCAUCGUACAGGUGUUUGAAGGAACAUCUGGGAUCGACUCCAAGAAAACCACCUGCGAGUUCACCGGGGACAUCCUGCGGACCCCCGUCUCCGAGGACAUGCUGGGUCGGAUCUUCAAUGGCUCAGCCCAGCCCAUCGACAGCGGCCCCCCCGUCAUGGCCGAGGACUUCCUGGACAUCAACGGCCAGCCCAUCAACCCCCACGGCCGCAUCUACCCCGAGGAGAUGAUCCAGACCGGCAUCUCCCCCAUCGAUGUCAUGAACAGCAUCGCCCGUGGACAGAAGAUCCCCAUCUUCUCAGCUGCUGGGCUGCCCCACAACGAGAUUGCAGCUCAGAUCUGCCGGCAGGCCGGGCUGGUGAGGAAAUCCAAGGAUGUGGUGGAUUACCACGAGGACAACUUCGCCAUCGUCUUUGCUGCCAUGGGGGUGAACAUGGAGACAGCUCGGUUCUUCAAGAGUGACUUUGAGGAGAAUGGAUCCAUGGAGAACGUCUGCCUCUUCCUCAACCUGGCCAACGACCCCACGAUCGAGAGGAUCAUCACCCCCCGCCUGGCCCUGACCACUGCUGAGUUCCUUGCCUACCAGUGUGAGAAGCACGUCCUGGUGAUCCUGACGGACAUGAGCUCCUACGCCGAGGCCCUGCGGGAGGUCUCAGCAGCCCGGGAGGAGGUUCCGGGGCGCCGGGGGUUCCCGGGGUACAUGUACACAGACCUGGCCACCAUCUACGAGCGUGCGGGGCGGGUGGAGGGCAGGGGCGGCUCCAUCACCCAAAUCCCCAUCCUCACCAUGCCCAACGACGACAUCACCCACCCCAUCCCGGACCUGACGGGUUUCAUCACCGAGGGACAGAUCUACAUCGACCGCCAGCUCCACAACAGGCAGAUCUACCCCCCCAUCAAUGUCCUGCCCUCCCUGUCCCGCCUGAUGAAAUCGGCCAUCGGGGAGGGGAUGACCAGGAGGGACCACGGCGAUGUCUCCAACCAACUGUACGCCUGCUACGCCAUCGGGAAGGAGGUGCAGGCGAUGAAGGCGGUGGUGGGGGAGGAAGCGCUGUCGGCAGACGAUCUGCUCUACCUGGAGUUCCUGCACAAGUUCGAGAAGCAAUUCCUCACCCAGGGUCCCUACGAGAACCGCAGCAUCUUCGAGUCCCUGGACCUGGGCUGGCAGCUCCUGCGCCUCUUCCCCCGCCAGCUCCUCAAGCGCAUCCCCGAGGACGUCCUGGCCGAGUUCUACCCCCGGGAGAGCCCGGCGCCCACCAGCACGGCCCUCUGAGCCCCCCGGGGCUUUGGGGAACGGCCCCCUCUGCCCCCAGACCCCCCAGCACCUGAGGCUGGCCCUG